AUGCAGGCGGUAGACUACUGUGGCGGCGAUUCUCGUGUUUCUCUCGGCAAACGCCGAGGCGUAUCAGACCUGGCGCGGUUCCCGCUCGACUUGACUUGGGCCAGAGCAGACUCUGAGAGUGCUGCUCGUUUGAGGAGCUAUCCUUCUCCGCCCAUGUCAGGGUCCCCACCGCUCCCCCCAAAAUCAAGCCAGGAGGCCGCCGAACGAAGUCUCGAAGCAUACCAAGCGACUACGCACGAUGUUUAUCGCGGGAUCCCGGCGACAACACGGGGCGACGAGAGAGUGCAGGCGAGCGCUCCGCUUCCUCCCCGGCCGUUCCCCCCUGACGCGCCGGAGCGCAUGCCGUAUCCGUUUUACCGCUCCGAGGGAUCGGUGAAUCGGCCUCUCACCUAUCCCCAGCACCACCCACAGCUUACGCCCCAGCCAACAUAUCUACCAGCUCCUGGGCCUGGAGUCACGGCGGGACCUCUGCCCACACCGCAAGCCUAUCCAGUGCCGCCGCACCACCCCAUGCAGGAACCCAUGCAUCAGACGUCGCCAAAACCGCAGAGAAAGACAAAGGGGCAUGUGGCUUCCGCAUGCGUGCCUUGCAAGAAGGCUCAUCUCCGGUGCCGACCCUGUUCAAGAUGCCUGACCAACGGCAAGGAGGAGGCGUGUAUCGAUGUGCAGCAUAGAAAGCGCGGGCGUCCUCGAUUAAGAGAUGAAAGGGAAGCAAAAUUCGACGGCCCCAGAUUUGGGAGUGCUGCGGAUGCCAUGAGAAGGCCUAUACAAUCUCUGUAUAGUCCGGGAUCUUCGAUUGGUAUGGCUUACGAGGAGAAUAUUCGACGAACACAGUCGUAUCGCGUACUGAAAUCUCAACCAGCCGAAACAAUUGCGCCUAGGUUUCCUGAUCGAGGCUCGGUGUCGGAUGCGAACAUAUUUCCUGCCCCUCUAUCGAUCUCCACGCGGCCUCCUGAGCUAGCGGCGUUUCUAACGGUCGAUUUCGAAUUUGCAAAGUCGUCGAGCACCUUCCGCGAUGCAAUAGGCCGACAGUCGUUGAGCGGGUUUAAGCUCGCUGAUUUCCUUGCGCCUGGAGACCGAGAGAAGGCGUCUAGCUUGCAGCAGAUGGUGCAUAACGACCAAAAGAGAAAAGACCCUACCUACCUGCCGCCUAUCCUAGGAAUGGGGAAGGACGAAAGGGUAAUUCAGGCGCUCGGAUUUUCCUCGGAAGAGAUAUCAAGGUAUCCCCUGGACUGGCAUGAGGUUGUCACUUUCGUGGGUCAUGACGGGCAGGCACGACAAGUCUCGAUGCAGAUGGGACUCGUUAAAAAAGAGUCGGUAUACUUUGUCGUGGUUGUACUAAGUCUGCCAACCAGGCAAUUUCAGUAUCCAACGCCAUCGCCGAAUCCGAGGGAGAUGUCUUACUCGUAUCAACCUUUGCAGCAACCAUAUUCGCAGCCUACUCCUGUCUCGGCCACCUUUGACCCAAGAGGAUCGAGGCCGGGUGACGGCGGCUAUGGACCACGGCAGGCUGCAGCGCCUGGAGCGCCUCCAUCGCUGAUGUUGGGACUGAGCCCAGGCCUUGCAUCGUCCUAUACGGCCUCACCAAGUCGACCCGACUAUCCGGUACCAGGCCCUCCGUAUCAGGUUCCAAGAAGCGAGCUGCAUACAGCCAUCCAUACGCACCAGGGGGUGCCGUAUCAACUUCCACCCAUUAGGAACCAACAUCCGAACGCGUCUCAACAGGAACCUUCCUACCAGCCCAGGGCCGAACGCUCACGGGUUGACAUUGGGGGUCUUUUGGAUCGCUCGGGCCCGCCGAACCCCCAGCAGCAGCAUCGACAGCAACAGUGA